AUGUGUUUAACAGGCCGCUCUCCCCGCACACAUGCUGCACAGACUCUGCAGCUGACCAGGGGGCCUGAGGACGAAGCCGGUCCCCUGGGAUGACCAAACCACCCUUUCUCAGACACCCAUUUGUCGUACCCUCCUCCCUCUCCCUCGCAGUGGCUGACCCCGCAACCAGCAGGGGUCAGCUGCGCAGAAGGAGGCCCCCCCCUUCCCUGCACCCCAACCCAGGGUCCGGAGCCGCGGCGUAAAUCAGCGGCUGCUCAUCGCGGGAACCCUGCUCUGCCCGGAGUCUCAGCCCAGCCUGGCACCAUCUGUCCCGGGUCUCUGACGCAGAGACAGCGCCGCCAAGGUGGGUUCCCACUGACCUGCUGCACCCUCAGGUCGGACCUGAGACCAGAGACAGAUCCAUCACACUGGAGUCUGGACAUGGUGGAAGGGGCUCAGAAUACAGUAAGCUGA